GAAAUUUCCAACAUUUUUUCGACGGAAAACCUCGAAUCCGGAAAAAGUAGCUCAACCGCCAACUGAUCAAUAUGCGGCCCCCUCAUGAGCACGACAUGGAGUGGGAAGAAGCUGUAGAGCUCGGGGAUGAUCCUGCCAUCGUUCUUGCUCGAAGUGGAGAGUACUGCGGCUACGGUCGUUACCGCCUAGACUCUUGGAUCUAUUGCCCUGGCGAUCCUAUUCCAGAUUUCGAUAUGCUCAACUGGGAGCAAAUCCAUCGGCUCCGCAAAAAACUUUUUCUCAAGGAAGAUGGGCGGCCACUCCUAUGCGCCCCACCUAACGACGGAUUUAGCCCUCUUCGUCAGCGCCUUGGGGAGUUUAUUCGGAGGUUCAAAGAGAUUCUACCUAAACUGCUGGACCCAGCGUUCGUUACACAGUGGGAUCCGAUUUGCGUCCUCCUUAACGCUGGGCCUUCGCCAAAUCCUUAUUAAAUCGCACUGUUUUUCAAUUUUAUGGUCCCGAGGGCGUGAUUGCUUUUUUCUACUAGGACUUCAUGCUAAAAUUUGGUUGUUUAUGUUCCCUCUUUGGAUAUUUACAUGUUUUUCACUGUGUGCAAUCUAAAUAUUCCCCUAUCUACUCUGUAUAUAUAUGCACUGUACAAUAUGUAACCUGCGCAUCCUCCCCCUUUUACCCAACACCAAAUUACUACGAGCAUCG